AGGGCGGGGCGCGCGGCGCGGGGGCUGCCGGCGGGCAGUCGGGAGCAGGCGCCGUCGACGCCAGCCUGGAGGCUGCUGCUCGCGACUGCGGAGGCCGGGCGAGGCCGGUGAGGACGCGGCAGGCGAGCGAGAGGCCGAGGUGUUUUCUUCACUCAUGGUGAAGAAUGGGGGAGAUAGAAGGAACAUACAGAGUCCUGCAGACUGCAGGGACGCGCUUGGGUGCCCAGACCCCUGUGGGAGUUAGCACCCUUGAGCCUGGGCAGACUCUCUUGCCCAGAAUGCAAGAGAAGCACCUGCACCUCAGAGUAAAGCUGCUGGACAACACCAUGGAAAUAUUUGACAUUGAGCCUAAAUGCGAUGGCCAGGUAUUACUGACACAAGUGUGGAAGCGUUUAAACCUGGUAGAAUGUGACUACUUCGGGUUGGAGUUUCAAAAUACUCAGUCCUACUGGAUUUGGCUUGAACCUGUGAAACCCAUCAUUAGGCAAAUACGAAGGCCAAAGAAUGUGGUGCUUCGCCUAGCUGUAAAAUUUUUUCCACCUGAUCCUGGUCAGCUACAAGAAGAAUAUACAAGAUACUUAUUUGCCUUGCAACUUAAGAGAGACCUGCUGGAAGAGCGUUUGACCUGUGCUGACACCACAGCGGCCCUUCUCACGUCCCAUCUCCUGCAGUCGGAAAUAGGAGAUUACGAUGAAACGCUGGAUCGGGAGCACCUCAAAGCGAACGAGUAUUUGCCUGGCCAGCACCACUGCCUUGAGAAGAUACUAGAAUUCCAUCAGAAGCACGUGGGCCAGACACCUGCCGAGUCGGAUUUCCAGGUGCUCGAAAUUGCUCGAAAGUUGGAAAUGUACGGCAUCAGAUUUCACAUGGCUUCUGACAGGGAAGGAACCAAGAUUCAACUGGCGGUUUCCCACAUGGGUGUACUCGUCUUCCAGGGCACCACCAAAAUCAACACUUUCAACUGGUCCAAGGUCCGUAAACUAAGCUUCAAGAGGAAAAGAUUUCUUAUCAAACUUCAUCCGGAGGUUCAUGGACCUUACCAGGACACAUUAGAAUUUUUGUUGAGUAGUAGAGAUGAAUGUAAGAACUUUUGGAAGAUUUGUGUGGAGUAUCACACCUUUUUUAGACUUUUGGACCAACCUAAGCCAAAAGCAAAAGCCGUCUUCUUCAGCCGGGGCUCCUCCUUCAGAUACAGUGGAAGAACUCAGAAACAACUAGUAGAUUAUUUCAAAGACAGUGGAAUGAAGAGAAUUCCAUAUGAAAGAAGACACAGCAAGACUCACAUGUCCAUUCGUGCUCUGACUGCAGACCUACCAAAACAGAGUGUCUCCUUCCCCGAGGGAUUGAGGACUCCUGCCUCCCCAUCUUCAGCAAAUGCCUUUUACUCGCUCUCUCCCUCCACUCUGGUCCCCGCUGGCCUGCCAGAGUUUACGGGCAGCAGCAGCUCCCUCACAGAUCCCCAGGUUUCCUACGUCAAGAGUCCAGCUGCAGAGAGGAGCAGUGGAGCAGUGGCUGGAGGCCCCGACACACCAUCGGCCCAGCCCCUCGGGCCCCCCGUACUCCAGCCUGGUCCAGGCCUUUCCACGAAGAGUCCUCAGCCUUCUCCCUCCAGCCGGAAGAGCCCCCUGAGUCUGAGCCCUGCAUAUCAGGUGCCUUUGGGCCCAGCUGAACAGGGCUCAUCCCCACUCCUGAGCCCUGUCCUCAGUGAUGCCGGCGGAGCCGGGAUGGACUACGAGGAGCCGAGACACAAGCGCAUGCCUGCAGACGAGGCCUACUUCAUAGUCAAAGAGAUUCUCGCUACAGAACGAACAUACCUGAAGGAUUUAGAAGUUAUUACUGUGUGGUUCCGCAGCGCAGUGGUGAAGGAGGACGUCAUGCCUGCGACUCUGAUGACACUGCUCUUCUCCAACAUCGAUCCCAUCUAUGAGUUCCACAGAGGCUUCCUGCGUGAGGUGGAGCAGAGGCUGGCACUCUGGGAAGGGCCCUCCAAAGCCCACACAAAAGGUGGCCAUCAACGAAUCGGGGACGUCCUGCUCAGGAACAUGCGCCAGUUAAAGGAGUUUACCAGCUACUUCCAAAGACAUGACGAGGUCCUAACAGAACUGGAAAAGGCUACCAAACGCUGUAAGAAGUUGGAGGCCGUGUACAAGGAGUUCGAGCUGCAGAAGGUCUGCUACUUGCCUCUCAACACGUUCCUGCUGAAGCCCAUCCAGCGGCUGCUGCACUACCGCCUGCUGCUGCGCCGCCUAUGCAGACAUUACACCCCCGGGCACCAUGACUACGCUGACUGCCACGACGCCCUGAAAGCCAUCACAGAGGUGACCACCACACUACAGCACAUUCUUAUCCGGCUGGAGAACCUACAGAAGCUAACGGAGCUGCAGCGGGACCUGGUGGGCGUAGAGAACCUCAUUGCUCCUGGCAGGGAAUUCAUCCGUGAGGGCUGCCUUCACAAGCUCACCAGGAAGGGCCUGCAGCAGAGGAUGUUCUUUCUGUUCUCAGACAUGUUGCUGUACACAAGCAAAGGAGUCGCAGGGACCAGCCACUUCCGGAUCCGGGGCCUCCUUCCCCUCCGAGGCAUGCUGCUAAUAGUGCUGGACCCCCCGGCGGAAGAAAGUGAUAACGAGUGGUCUGUUCCACACUGUUUCACCAUCUACACGGCUCAGAAAACAAUCGUGGUGGCAGCCAGCACUCGGCUGGAGAAAGAGAAGUGGAUGCUCGACCUGAACUCCGCGAUCCAAGCAGCCAAGAGUGGCGGUGACACGGCCCCUGCACUGCCAGGCAGCACUGUGUGUACUCGUCCCUCCAGAUCCCCCAACGAGGUAUCUCUGGAGCAGGAGUCAGAAGAUGACGCUCGGGGUGCCCGCAGCUCCCUGGAAGGGCAUGGCCAGCACCGGGUCAACACCACAAUGCACGUGUGCUGGUACCGGAACACCAGCGUGUCCAGGGCAGACCACAGUGCAGCUGUCGAGAACCAGCUUUCAGGAUAUCUGCUAAGAAAGUUCAAAAACAGUCAUGGCUGGCAGAAGCUCUGGGUCGUCUUUACCAACUUCUGUUUGUUCUUCUACAAAACUCAUCAGGUAGCAGAGAAAUGGACACUCCCUGCGGCAACCCAGCCCCUGGAACCCCUGUGUCCCUAUGCUGUCUUCCAGGAUGACUAUCCACUGGCCAGCCUCCCACUGCUGGGCUACAGCGUGAGCAUCCCCAGGGAGGCCGAUGGCAUACACAAAGACUAUGUUUUCAAGCUCCAGUUCAAAUCCCACGUCUACUUCUUCCGGGCUGAGAGCAAGUACACAUUUGAAAGGUGGAUGGAGGUGAUCCAGGGGGCCAGCAGCUCAGCCGGGAGGACCCCAAGCAUCGUGCAGGACGGCCCCCAACCCUCCUCAGGGCUGAGGGGGAUGGUCAGGGGGAAGGAGGAAUGACGCUCAACCUGCCCAGGUUUGGACACAACUACAAAGAACAGUAGGACACAGAGGUGGCCUCUGUCCUGAGGCUUCUUAACAGAUGGGAAGUGGCUGUGGCCUCACUGGAUCCCCACUGGCACCAACAGUGUGGGUGGGCCUCAUGUAACAUCUAGGAGGGGCUUCAUCCCCCCACCCAAGACCUAGUGCAUGCCGGCAGGCAUGUGGGGCCCUGGGAAAAAUGUGCGGGUCUUCAGCGCGUAGCCUCUCAAGCCACAGCCCCCAGGCCCCUGGCUCAAAGACGCAGACAAGGCCUGAGCAGAGCUCUGGGCAUUGAACCAAAGCCUGGGCACACCCUGCCUCUCUCCCCAGAGCAGGGUCCCUGCUGAGGACUGGCCUAGAGCAAGCACUGGAAAAGAGGCCCUGCCAUACACCCUGCAUACCCACUGCCAGGACCCUUUCAGACAAGCGUGGCACAGCCAUGCUGACCUUCCAUCUGGUGAACCAAGUGGCAGCCCCAGGGGCCUGCCCUGCAGGUCACAGCUAAACAAGUCUGGCAGAAGCCAUGCUUGUUCCCCAUGUACCUCUGGAGAAGCAGAAACCAAAGUCCUCCUGUGCCCUGGGAGGGUGGGGUCCUCUAAUUUAUUAGUGCCCAGCAUUCCUUCCAACGGGAAGUAGACAGGCGACUGCUUUGUUCACACACAUUUGAUUAAAAAUAAACAGCAUCUCCCCA